AGGAAGCAGGGACACAGGCGGUGGUCCCCAGCAGCAUGGAGCUGGGCACCAGACGGGAGACGGCAGCGGCCUUCUGGACUCUGCUGCUGCUGCUUUGGGCCGCCUCGGGUGCCUCCUCUCCAGAGGGGGCCUCGGCCUUUGGCACCGACUUCAACUACAAAGCUGCUCGUGUGCUGAUGGAUGAGGAGGCCAAUCCCAAAUGUUUCUCACAGCACCUGGAAGACCUGGCCUGCUUAUGGGAGACGCCACAAGCGCCACGGAAGGAGGGAGAAAACCGGACCGCGUACACCUUCCUCUAUAAAUUUGAGGACGAGACCACCCUGAAGUUCUGCAGCCUGAAAGUGGAGGGCACGGCCAGGAACACGACCCGCUACACGUGCCUCUUCCAGAGGGGGCACAUUCCGGCCUUCACGCCCAUCGAGGUCCACGUCUUCGAGGGGCACUCCGCCAACAACACCUCCCUGUACUCCAGGAAAGUAUGGAUGAACGAAGUAGUUUUCCUGGACCCUCCCUCGAACCUGACUGUGCGCCUGAUCGACGCCCUGGGGCAGCAGCUGAACGUCAGCUGGCAGGCCCCCGUCCUGGCCUUCCUGGACACCAGCAUCCUCUACGAGGUCAAGAUCUCUCUUGAGGGCUCCCAAGCCCAGGUGGUGAAGAUUGCCAGUGGGCGCACCUAUUGCCUCGUCGCCAGCCUGAAGGGCCAGACCCGCUACUCCUUGGCCGUGAGGGCCAAGCCCGACGGAGUCAGCUACAACGGCUACUGGAGCGCCUGGUCCCAGGCUGUGACCGUCACCACGACCAGCAACGUGGAUCCCCUCAUCCUGACCCUGUCGAUCGUUCUGGUGUUGAUUGUCCUGCUCCUGGCCUUCAUCACCCUGAUGUCUCACCGCAGAUUUUUGAAGAAGAAGAUCUGGCCUGCAAUCCCCACCCCGGAGCAUGAAUUCAAGGACCUUUUCACCAUCUACAAGGGGAACUUCCAGCUGUGGCUGGGGCACCAGAGCAUCUACCUGGGGUGGAGCCAGAGCCCCCACCUCCUGGAGGAGCAGCCGUUCCUGGUGGAGAUCCUCUCUGAAUGUGACCCCUGCAAGGUGGACUCCCUUCCUCCUACUCCUCUCCCUCCCAAGACCCGUGGCCUGGCGGAGCUCCCCGGCCCCCCAGACGCUUCUCAAGAUGAGUACCUGGUCCUGGAUGAAGACUUGCUGCCUUACAGCCCCGGGGCGGGGGGCUCCCUGCUUUCCAUGGACGGGGCCAUCGGCGAGAGCACGGGCGCGGCGGCAGGGACCCGGGAGGCCAGCCACGCUUCUUCGAGCUUCGAGUACACGGUGUUCGACCCCAGCUCGGAGAGCCUCUCCCCGACAGACCGCCAGGCAGAGCCCCCGCUGAAGAGCACCUACCGGAUGGUGUCCGACUCCGGGAUCUCUGCCGACUACAGCCCCGUGGGCUCCAAUGUCGGCCAAGCCAGCUUGUACACCAACCUCUGCGAAGGGGGGAUCCAGCCGCACCCCUUCCUGCCCGCCUACAUCGCGUGCUCAUAGCCGUGGCGAGCGCUGGGCCGAGCCCUGGGGCCCCAGGAGAGAACCGAGGUGUCAAUAUCCUGGCUCCGGCGAAGGGCCAGAGGAAUCCGGUGGAGACAGAUCCACUUCCGAUGCUCCGGAUGUUCCCAACUCAUUCCCGCAGGGAGAGAAGUGCAAAGUGACCCUAAAGAGACUUUGGACAUUACCCAGAUUUCUUUUUCGAGAAGGCGCUUUUAAAAUGGUCACCGUCUGGAGGGAGCUCCGAGUGUCCUUUUGUGAAGCUGAGAGGGAGUGGGGUACUAACGCCCGCCUGGAAAGGAGACACUCUGGGGGUGCCAUCCAGUGCGCGCGCCCCCCCCUCCCCAAGCCCACAAGGAGCUCACUGGAGGACAACGCCUGUCCGGAAGGCUUUUCUCCUUCUAGGCCACGUUCUUGGACUGGACGGCACAUUUGCAUGGAUAGAAACAGUCUGCAUAAAAAGAGCACCCUCGGGGUUGAAGAGUUCUGGUUUCCUCCUCCAGCUCUGGAAAGGAAGUCAGGCUCAGGGGUUAGAGCCAGAAGGGUCGCUGGGCCCCCAGAGCAACCAGUGGAGUAACGAUCAUUGCUUCCGCCUUGGAAGACAGGGGUAAAAGCACGGACCGAAGUGCUAAGGGGGGGUGUGUCUUUUCCCUGUGGCUGGAAGAAGCACUCGGCCUGUGGAGAAAAGGCCCAGGAGGAGGAGGAGGAGGCUGAUAAGAGGAGGCCUUCGCAAUCCUGCCUGUUACUUACGGCCCUGAGGGGCAAGUUGGGGGGGGGGGGCUGGAAAGAACCUGUGCAUAGAGGAUUACUGUUACUUGUGAUCGUCGCAUCUGGGCCAGAUCCGGGCCUUUGUCUGGACUUCCUUCUCGAGCGGUGGAAUCACAGAUGCUCCCGCACUCGGAUUAUAACCCGGCUCUCAGGGAGGGACCUGCAGAGCGUCCUUGUACAAAUAUGUAUCAGAAU